AUGCCAGGGACCAGGCGUUUAUCAGACCCGUGUAGUGUGGUGUUUGUGUGGAUUAUCUCUAAACCCGUGACGUCACUACCCUCCCCUAGUAACCCUCCUCGGCGUCUCCGGAGGAAAACCAUCAACAUGGGUUUAUUAUCAAUUCUCCGGAAACUGAAGAGCGCUCCGGACCAGGAGGUGCGCAUUCUGCUCCUGGGACUCGACAAUGGAGGGAAGACAACACUACUCAAACAGUUGGCUUCUGAGGACAUUAGUCACAUCACUCCUACACAGGGCUUCAACAUUAAGAGUGUGCAAUCCCAGGGUUUCAAGCUAAAUGUAUGGGACAUUGGAGGCCAGAGAAAGAUUAGACCAUACUGGAGAAACUACUUUGAAAACACUGAUAUGCUUAUUUAUGUCAUAGACAGUGCGGAUCGGAAAAGGUUUGAAGAAACGGGGCAGGAGCUAGCCGAGUUGUUGGAUGAGGAGAAACUUAGUGGUGUCCCUGUCCUAAUCUUUGCAAAUAAGCAAGACUUGCUCACUGCUGCUCCAGCUUCAGAGAUUGCAGAGGGUCUGAACCUGCACACCAUUCGAGAUCGCAUGUGGCAGAUUCAAUCUUGCUCUGCUCUCACAGGCGAGGGUGUCCAGGAUGGCAUGAAUUGGGUGUGCAAGAACGUCACGGCGAAAAAGAAGUAGGAGUGUUAGUACAUUUUUGAGAUAUCCAGGCACUGCAAGGAAAAACAAACGCUGUGGACUAUGUGGAAUCUUCACCAGCUGGAUCAAGUUUUAGGCGAUUGAUCUCCGUAUUGAUAGCAGCUGAGGAUGCCUAGGACAAGACCUUAAACCCCACCGACUCUAGUAAACCUUCACCACUGUCUCACUGCAAGCUCUGAGCCGCAAACCUCCUGGAUAAUCCGGUCUACUGACACUUUACCGUUUAGUCUCAAUACUAACCAGUGCAUCACUACAUCUAACCAAACACUACAGCUAUUAAAGCCUGACACUCCAAGGUCUUGAUUUAAGCUGAGAUUUUAGUUUUUUCCUAGACACUGUAUGUGUUGCCUAAGCAGAGGCUUGUUACUUCAUGUAAUGCGGAUUGAUGAUGUGCUAUCAAAAAUGUAUGUGCAUGUGUGCACAUGUAAGUGUGCACGUAGAAUGAGCAAAACUAGUUUUACAGAGUGCAAGAAUUUGAUCUGAUCUGAUUUAUACUUAUUUGCUUUGGCAAAGGGCACACAAACUUGAUUUUAUCUAAAACACUGUUUUGUGUUCCUCCAAAUUAUUAUAAAUUUUUUCAAUUAUUUUACUUUGUACUUUUUUU